UCCAUCUGCCCACCAACCUAUUUGUUUCGUGUUACAAUCACAACCCACAAAAAGGAGGAAACCUGAUUAUAAAUGGAAAUGAUAAAUAUAUCUUUUGGAUUUGUCAAUAGUAAAUAGGAGUGAAACAAACCGUAAGAUUCAUCAUGAUCGUGGUGCAUUUAUCAUCAGAAGGAAUGUGUUGAUUUGUGUAGUUUGACUGUUAUCACAUCAUUUCACAUGAAAUGCUACUCAUCUAUUACCUCCUCAUUGCUAGUAAAUCAGAAUAAAAUUGCAAUAGUUUAUUUAUAGCAUGUUUUUAUCUGGAUUGACUUAUUUUAAGGGAAUCGAACCAACAACCUUCUGUUUUCCAACCCAAAACUUUGACCGCUACUUCACACCUAGACGAGUUCAAGCUGGAUAUUUCCGGACUGCUUUCAGGGAAAUCUGACCUAAUGUCCUGUCUACGAAUGACAAGACGGUUGAUUCCCACCUACUCUCCUGAUAAUAAAUAGCAGCCCAGAUUUCUCAGCUUGCAUUACAGUACAGUGGACACGUAGUAUUAAAGACAGAAAAAUCCACUUGUGCAUUCGUCUUCUAAUCCAUCCAUGGCUCUUCAGAUCAUCGCUUAUAUUCUGUCCAUUACUGGAUUAUGUGGCCUUAUUAUAGGCACAUUUACAAAUGAAUGGAAAAUCCUAGGACAUGACAACGACAAGACUGUGUUUCAGGACAAAUACGAAGGACUGUGGAUGCAGUGCUCGGUAGACAGGUCGUCUGUUGUGGUCUGCACAAACUACAAUUCUCUUCUUCAUCAAACCUAUGAAAUCCAGUUGGGCCGAGCAAUAAUGAUCGUCAGCAUCGUCUUUUCAAGCCUUGCAGCACUGGUGGCCAUUCCUGGUCUCAAGUGCACGAGAUGUAUAGAAGAGAACGAGAAGCUGAAAGAUAGAGCUGCCUUCUUAGGGGGAAUCCUUUCUGUGUGUGGUGGUCUGUUUGCUUUGGGCAUAACCAGCUGGUUUAUAUAUGAAAUUGUUGAUGCUUUCUUCCAGAAUGAGACACAGACGGAUAGGUAUGUGGUCGGCAGAUCUCUGAUUGGUGCAUUUGUCGCAUCUGUGCUUUGUUUAUUUGGAGGCAUCCUCUUAUGCGCCUGCAGCGUGACACAUCUACAAUCCAACAAAAUUCUCAGCAAGCGUCCGGUCUCCGUGAAUCCUGGAAAAGAAUAUGUUUAAUGAUCGUGAGACCUUCUGAAUACCACCUGAACUCUUGUUAACUACUGCAUUUUUGCAUAUAUUGUUCUUAUUUUUGCUGACUAACAUCAACGUGAUAUGAUUUAACAGCUUCUGAUGUAUGUUUAGAUGUGUGGGAAGAGCACGACAUUGAACUUUGACCUGUGAAUCAGUUUAGCUGCUAGAAAAGGAGAAGGCUGGGAUUGCUUAACUAAAAGUUCUGCCUUGACCACAGAGGAAAGUGGCGUUAUAAUCCAGUAAAAGUGUUACAGUAUUAGGGAUGUUUGUACUAUAUUAUGUAUUUUUAAAGACGAAGAAGAUUCUAAGCUUGUAAGACAGCUUUAGGUUUUCAUGCUUGUUUGGUUGUUUUAUAAUUAAAUAAUUUCAGU